GGAGGGUCUGGUAGGGUCGCAGCGGCCACGGGGUAGAGGCUGCUGGGCGGGCAAGAGCGCCAGCUUGCGACUUUUGGACUCCGAGUGCGGGUGGAAGAACAGAAAGCCGGAGGGAGGCCCGCCCGGGACCGCUGAAUCAGGAUUAGAAGAGGAGUCAUGUCAGAAGAAACAGUAAGUGAACCACAGUUUUCCCUGAGGACAGCAGCACUAAGAGUGUUUGAUCUUCCUCUGUCUUGGUACUAUUCUCUCAGCCAGAUCAAAUUUUCGCCAGUAGCUAAAAAGUUAUUUGUGGUAACUGCAGUGAGUGUUGUAUCUGUAAUUUUUCUGGCCCGUCACUUUAAAAGAAGACGUGGAAAGAAGAAAGGAAAAAUAUUACCAUGGGAACCAGAGCAUCUCAUACUUGAAUACACUAAAAGAGCAGCAUCAGACAAAGGUUCAAGUUGUUCCAGUAGCAGACAGAAUUUGACAUUAUCUUUAAGUUCUGCCAAAGACAAAGGAUCUCAGUCUUAUAAUUAUGCUAAUGGAGGACUCUUCAGUAAAUACUCAGGUUCUGCACAGAGUUUGGCCUCUGUCCAGAGUGUCAAUUCUUGUCAUAGCUGUGCUUGUGGCAACUCUAAUUCCUGGGACAAAGGAGAUGAAGAUGAUAUUAAACUUGUUAAUAUUCCUGUGACCACUCCUGAGAACCUAUACUUGAUGGGUAUGGAAUUGUUUGAAGAGGCAUUGUGUCGAUGGGAACAAGCUCUAACCUUUCGAAAUAGACAGGCUGAAGACGAAGCCUGUAGUUCCAUUAAAUUGGGUGCAGGAGAUGCCAUUGCAGAAGAAAGUGUAGAUGAUAUUAUUAGUACUGAAUUUAUCCAUAAACUUGAAGCUCUGCUGCAAAGAGCAUAUCGUCUCCAGGAGGAGUUUGAAGCUACCCUAGGGGCAUCUGAUCCUAAUUCCCUUGCUAAUGAUAUGGAUAAAGAUACAGAUAUCACCAUGAAGGGGAAUAUGGAUGACUUUGGCCUGAGAGACACCUUGAGUGUCACAUCAACCGAUUCUUUUGCUUCAGCCGCAGAGCUUGCAGAACACAAAGAAGUACAGCAUAUCUACAGUCUGGAGUCUCUUUGCCACUGCCCUUUUUAUGAAGAGGCCAUGCAUUUAGUUGAAGAAGGAAAAAUUUACUCAAGAGUGCUUAGAACUGAAAUGUUGGAGUGCCUAGGAGACAGUGAUUUUCUUGCCAAACUUCACUGUAUUCGACAGGCUUUUCAGGUAAUUCUUUCAGAAACAGCCAACAGGAUAUUCCUUGCUGAAAGUGGGAGGAAAAUUUUAUCAGCGUUAAUUGUAAAAGCACGAAAGAAUCCGAAGAAGUUUGAAGAUGUUUUUGAUGAAAUGAUCUAUUUUUUAGAGCAGACCGAUCACUGGGAUAGUACUGAAAUGGAACUUGCUGCUAGAGGAGUGAAAAAUCUAAAUUUUUAUGAUGUUGUUUUGGAUUUUAUAUUAAUGGAUUCCUUUGAAGAUUUAGAAAACCCACCCACAUCCAUACAGAAUGUAGUAAAUAAUCGCUGGCUAAACUCCUCCUUCAAAGAAACUGCUGUGGCUUCAAGUUGUUGGUCAGUGUUGAAACAGAAAAGGCAACAGAUGAAGAUCCCAGAUGGAUUUUUUGCCCAUUUUUAUGCCAUUUGUGAGCACAUCAGCCCUGUCCUAGCCUGGGGCUUUUUGGGUCCUAGAAAUUCUCUCUAUGAUUUAUGUUGCUUCUUUAAGAAUCAAGUUCUUUUCUUUCUCAAAGACAUUUUUGAUUUUGAGAAGGUGCGCUAUUCCAGUAUAGAGACUUUGGCUGAAGACCUCAUGCAGUUGCUUAUUCGCCGCACUGAACUUUUAAUGGCCUAUCUUGGAGCCGAUGCACUGAGGCAUACAAGUAGCUGUAUAAGUAGUCAAAGUCAUGCUAUGCCCAGUGGCCUGUUAGAAGCCAAAGUACAAUAAGUACCAUAAAAAUCAGACAAUUUCAGUGUGCUAUGAAACAUUUUAAGGUAACUAUUGAUUUUGUAACAUAUAUUACACAGAAUUGGUAGAUAUGGACUCAGGGAGGAAAAUAAACCUAGUAAAGAAUGAGUGAUUGUGUUGUACUUACACAGAAGUUCUGUCAUUGAAUCCCCAUGUAGUGUAUACAAAGUGGGUUUUUUUAAUCUUUAGGUAAUAAUCUUUAUGAAAUGUAUAUUUUACAGAAAUACUGCUUGAAUUGAAACCAGUACUUGGGAGUUAAUUGAUUUGUUGUCUUGAAGCUGUCUGAAAUGUCCAGUUUCAUUCUCAAAAGUUUUGUUUUUAUGCUUUGCACCUGGAAUAUAUAUACUUUAGCCAAGACUUUUAUGGCCCACACAUGCAAGAAUAUAUUACUCCUAGUGUCAACAAAGUUAAGUUUGCCUGAAAAUAUAUUUUUAAUUGUAAAGUUAUUUGUUGUUUAAUCAAGUUUAGGCAGUAGUGGUGUUUAAUAUGUACUGCUUAUGUUAUUGCUUGUGCAUUUGCUUAAGUAUUUGAAUCAAAGAAAUUGUAAUGGCCGAGUAUCGUUACAGAACAUUUAAAUGAAUUGCCACUGAGAAGUUUACAAGUUACAAGUUUAUAUUAGAUUUACUGAAGUUUCCAAAAUACAUUACAAUUGGUCCUAUGUUACAAUAGAGAGACUGAAGAAAUUUCUUUUAUCUUGGUAUAGAUUAGAACAUUUCCCUUGAAUGAAUAUUGAUUAAAAAUAUAACAUUUAUUAACUAUGACAGACAAUUAAAAUUUUUCCAUGUAGUUUUGAGACUAUCUCCCAACAUCCUAGGGUAUUAAUCUUGAUACAGUAAAAUCAUUUCUUCUUUCUCCUUAUGCAAAACUGGCUUUUAGUUGUUUCUACAGAGAACUUAGCACACUGAGAAUUUGUCAUAUUAUAACCAUAUUUUUAAGUUAUUCAUUGAUACUUUGAAUCUUAGGGAGGUCUUGAAGGUUUUUUCCCCCAGAUAUAGAAUAAAAUAUUUUUUAAUGGUAUGGGAAUAUGUUUCCUGUCCUUUAUGAUAGAUAUAUGAACAAGUGGGUUGUUCAUAUGAAUAAGGUUCUUCAGAGUAUAUUAGAUACUUUCAGAGUUGUAUUAAUUUUGUGUGUAAAUCAUAUGCCACUUAUUUAGAGUGGCUGUCUGAGUAAAACAAUGGAUUGGAUUUGGUGAUUUUGCUCCUAAAGUGGGCUUUAUUCAUUUUGGUAGUGAGUUAUCCAGAAGGAUCUAAAAUAUAUAUUUUUUAAAUGCAUUUUUAAAGUGCCUAGUUUCUGAUGAAUGAAUAGAAAAUGAAAAGUGGGGAAAGAAGCAUAAUCUUUUAAGGUUUUAAGUUUAUAUAUGUGCCACAUUUAUGUAAUAAUAGUUACAAAUUAGGACAUUCAGAACCUUUAUGCUGUUUGCAUGUACUGUGUUCCAUAAUGUGUAGGUUACAACAUUAAACAAUAUGAAAUGUUGCUCUAAUAUUUUUUGAGUAUAAGUUCCUUGACUUUUGUUACACAUAUUACAUAUAUUCUUAAUUUAACACUUGGCUGUUCAUAAUUCUUAUUGUUGGUGGAGGAUUAUCUUUAGAGGUAUGAAAGCUAAAAAUUCCAUUAUGUAAUAUUUUACUUUUAAAUUUGUAUCCUGUAUUUUGGUUUCUUGUUGAGGUACCACUGGCCUUGAAUGAUUCACACAUACACACAUGUGUGCACACACCCAUUCCCAUCAUUGUAUAAGCAAGAUAGUUAUUGCUUAUGUUAAUUUUCCUGUUGGGGGGCUGAAUGUUUUAAGCUGUGAUUUUAUAAACAAAGCUAUAAGUAAACUUAAUUACUUUUUUAUUUGAGGAAGAUAUUGUUUGAAAUCUGUUUUGAAGAAUUGCACUAUUUAAUAAUGCUGCUAGUACAUGAAACAACUCUGGGAAAUUUAUUUCAUCAGAUAAGAUGAAUGGCUUUCCAGAAGGUGUUUUUUCUUUUACACUUCACCUUAAAAAAAGAGAGAGAAAUUGCCCAUAUUUAAGAGGUUGUUUUGUCAAAUUCAGUGCUUGAGGUUGAUUAGUUUCUGGUCAGUUCAGAAGCUACUACCUUAGUAAGAGGCUUUCUAUGUGGCCUUUGACUCAAGAGACAAGAAUGACCAAAUAGACUUUCAAGGUAAUAGGUAUAGAAAAAACCCUCUCUAUUAUAAGGGAAGAAACUUGACCUUUCUAAAGAAACAGCUCUUAAAAAUGUUUCUGACCACUGAAGAGUACUUGAGGCAUAUGUUCCAAUUUCAGUUUGCCUUGAAAUUGGGUUAAAUAGAUAAAAGCAGUUUUAAAAAAUAAAAAGUAAGUAAAUUAGUCCAGAGCCUUUUAGGAUAAAACCCUAUUUAACACUUCUUCAUGGUAGUAUUAUCAGAAUAUUGCCUUUGCCACCGUGAGUUCUACCAUCUGCUUCCCUAUGUGAAUUAUAAGAGGACCUUGAAUUAAUCAUGAGAAAAUGGAUUUUUUUCCUCCUGUUUUCUGGAAGAAAAAAAGAUACAGUGUUCAGGUGAUUUAUAUUUGAUGA